AUGAGUGAACCAUUGAAUGUAAAGCAUAAGAUAGGAGACACAUGCCGAAAGGUUUAUUCGUAUUUUAAACCCAUCUCAAAUUCUUCUUCAUUUGUUAAAAAUGGAACAUUAACCCCAGAGGAAUUUGUAGACGCAGGCGAUUUUUUGGUUUAUAAGUUUAAAACAUGGGAAUGGCAAGAGGCAGAUAUAAACAGAACUGUUCCAUAUUUACCAGAGAAGAAGCAAUUUCUAAUAACUAAGAAUGCCCCGUGCAAACAUAGAAUUAAAGACUUGAAUUAUAUUAUUCGCGAUUUGGAAGUUGUUGAGAAUGAGUGGCUGUUCCCACAUUAUGAAGAGGACAAUAACGCCACGGACAUAGGUGACUUUGUACAUGAUCUUAAUUUUUCCGAAAGUGCUCCGCUAAAAGAGGAAAGGGUUCAUGCGGACAGCGAUGACGAUGACGUUAUAGACAUAAAUAACUUUGAUAUAAAUUGCGACGUUAUUAAAGUUAUAAUCGAAAGAAAUCUUAAGAAUAAAUUUUAUAUAGAAGAUGACCCUGCCGCUCUUGACAGCGCAGGAUACUAUUCUAAAAAUGCGGAGAAUGAGAAUGUCAUGAAAAUACGUACAUAUGAUGUUAGUAUAACUUACGACAAGUAUUACGAAACUCCUCGGAUAUGGCUAUUCGGAUAUGAUGAAAAUGGGAGUCCAUUAAAAUCGGACAAAAUUUUUGAAGAUAUCUUAGCAGACUAUAGUAACAAAACAGUAACUUAUGACCCACACCCGUGUACGGGAGUGAUGACUGCAUCUAUUCAUCCGUGCAGGCAUGCGGAAGCCAUGUUAAGGAUUGUAAAAAAUUGGGUUACUGAAGAAAAGGAGCCAAGGCACGAUUUGUAUCUGCUAUUUCUUUUGAAGUUUAUUUCAGGAGUAAUACCAACCAUUGAAUACGACUUUACAACAGAUAUUGAACUUCCGAGGUAUGAUAAAAAUUAA